AUGUCUUCCAUUGCAAAGAAACAAGACUUAGAAUUUACCCUAAAAGACUUCACACAAAUUUUCGAGCAUGCCGGAUCCCGCCUGCUCAUCAUUCGCAUUGAGCUUGAGAAAACAAAGCUCACAAUAUCGCCGGACGAUCGAGGUCAAUUGAACUUCCAGGCCUACACACUCCCUUGGAUGGCAUUUUGCGCCAGGUUGUCUAUCAACCCACCACUGUCGAAGCACCUCUGUCAGGUUGUCGACGUGGUGUCAAUGAAACAGCUCAGCAUGAUGGCAGAUUAUAUGGAGGUGUAUGACUCAUUCCUCAGUUUGCCGGUUUCGCCAUCCGGCCCAUGGACUAAGGGACACCUCAUCUGCGAGUAUCGCCAUGCUUGGUUUUUGACAACAUACCCGGACUGCCAUGAGGUGAAGGAAUGUGUCACGGCGCAUUUUGCGCAAUUGUUUGAAGGAGACGCCUUGGUCACACCGGCAACAUCGGUUGAAGCAAUGUCAACACCGAUUGCUCAGCAGCUAGCCACCAUCUGCGCCGAGGCUGGGGAAGAAGGCCAAUAUCUUUUAAAGAUGUUGGAAGACAAGGUUAUAGAGGCAAAGAUGGUGGUGGCCACUAUGCUGAGGAUGGACACCUCAUUAGGGGAUGAUGUACUUAAUGCCAUCACGGCAUCUGAAAAACUGGUCAAGUAUUUGAAACAAGAGGCAACGGAUAAUAGUUUCUUUGAGAUAUGGAUAGAGAUUUUGGAAAUGGAUGUUUUGACAGGAUGCCGGCAUGGCGGGUCAAUCCCCUUAUCAUCGCCGAAGUUGCACAAUGCUGUGAAUGAUAUCGCCGGGUGCACAAAACUGGCAAGUCUGGCGGAAGCGACAGGAUGA